GGAGGAGAGCACUGCGCUCACGUGCGCGGGGAGAGAUCGCAUCCAUCCACAUCGCCUCUAUCCGGCGCCUUUAUUCACCCCCCACCCCCCCUCUCUCUUCCCCACACUCGACGAUCGCAACCACGGACUCGCAGCAUCACGUUCGCCUUUCGCGUCUGCCCCAUCGCUGCUCAUCUCCAGGGCGACACAACUGUUCCGGAGCACGACGAGGAGGAGGAAGGAGGAGGAGGGGAAGAAGAGCCGCCACCCACCGCUGAUCGCGUCCGUCAUGUUUGCACCACAGCCGCAGCGGCUGCUGCUGCUGUCCCUGGUGCUGCUCUUGUUGCUAGCGGAGCCUCUUUUGGUCCCGGCUACGCGCGGGGUCAAGUUCGAGCCCGAGGUCUCGCGGCGUCGGACCUGCGGCAAGCUCGACUACUACUUCGAGUACACGGAGUGCGACAGCAGCGGGCUGCGGUGGCGCGUCGCCGUGCCGCACACGCCGGGGCUCUGCACGGGUCUCCCAGAGCCCGUCCGGGGCACCGAGUGCACGUUUUCCUGCGGGGUGGGUGAGUACCUGGACCUGCGCUCUCAGGAGUGCAGCGCGUGUGCCGCUGGCACCUUCUCUCUGGGCAGCGGCGUGCGCUUCGACGAGUGGGACGAGCUGCCCCCGGGCUUCGCGGUCCACACGAGCACGGUGGACUCGGGCGGGCAGUCGCCCGCCGCGCUGGUCCAACAGAAGUGUCGCCAGUCGGUGUGGACUCCACACAGACACUUCAUCAUGUCCAACCGCGACGAAUGCAUGGCGUCCCUUGUCUAUGCAGUCACUCUGAAGACGUCCGGCGAGGUCUCCUUCGAAUACCAGUACCCGGACUCCAGCAUCCUCUUUGAGUUCUUUGUCCAGAACGACCAGUGCCAGGCGACGGAGAAUGACGACAGUAACAAAUUCCUCCUCAAGUCCAAAGGUGGCGUCUGGAGAAGCCACACGGUGAAGCUAAACUCCGGUAACAACGUCCUCUACUGGAGGACGACGGGCAUCCUCCUGGGCACCAAGAUCCCCAACCCUGUCCUAGUGCGCAACGUGCACAUCACAGGGGUGUCGUACACGUCGGAGUGCUUCCCGUGCAAGCCGGGCACCUGCAGCGCCGAGCCGGGCGCAGGCACCUGCACCGCGUGUCCCAGGGAUAUGUUCUCCCCACGCGGAGCGCACGCCUGCACCCCGUGCAACACAACCACGCACUACGCAGAGAUCGGUUCCGCCUUCUGUGCUCUAAAGCCGCCCUGCACCGACAAUGACUAUUUCCAGUUGCACACCGGCUGCGAUGAGAAUGGGCAGACGCAGGUGAUUUUCAGGUGGAUUGAGCCCAAGAUUUGCCGCGAGGAUUUGAAGGGGGCAACUCAUUUGCCCGUCUCGGGAGCAAAGCGGCCUUGCCCUCCCUGCAACGCAGGCUUCUACAACACACGCAACUCCACGUGUGUGCCCUGCCCCACUGGGACCUACUCCAACGGCACCAGUGAUUGCGUUCCGUGCCCAGCUGGCACGGAACCCGUGCUGGGAUUUGAUUUCAAGUGGUGGAACAUGCUGCCUGAUAACAUGGAGACUACGUGCUUCAACGUGGGCAACCAGAGGUGCGACAGCAUGAACGGCUGGGAGGUGGCUGGAGACCACAUCUACAGUGGGGCUGGCAGUAAUGAUGACGAUUACCUCAUCCUCUUCCUUCACGUCGCAGGCUUCAGGACUCCGAGCUUCGGCGCCGGGCAGUCGGACAUAGCGAGCAUCACGUUUGUGUUUGAGAUGCAGUGCUUGGCGGAUUGUGAGCUCCACUUUAUGCUGGACAUGGGGAAGAAGACGGCGGUGGUGGAGUCGUGGCGCGGGACUCAGCCCAGGCAGGCCUACCGGCACAUCGUGACGCGCAACGAGUCGCUCACCUUCACUUGGGCCUUCCAGCGCACGGCGGUGCCUCUCUCGCGGACGGGACGCAAGUUCCACAGGGACGUUGCGCAGAUCUUCUCGGUGGAGGUGACUGGCGCGCUGGACGGCGUCGCCUCGCGCUGCCGGCCCUGCGCCCUGGGACCUCCAUCGCUAUCGUCGCCGUUGUCCCUCGGCGGUGCGGCGUGCGUCGCGUGCCCUCCCGGCCACUUCGUCCACCGCCAGAGCAGCUCGUGCCGCGCCUGCCCCGCCGGCACCGCGCUCGGCGCGUCGAGGCUGAGCGGAGAAGCGGCGUGUGUGCGGUGCGGGCCCGGCACCGUCAGCUCGCCGGACCGGUCGUACUGCUACAGCAACUGCACCUUCUCCUGGCGCCAUGAUGCCGUGCCGUACGCCUACGACUUUUCAGAGCUCCGGGAGAUCGCGUCGGUCACCAGCCACCCCAGCUUCACCGCCAAGGGCACCUCGUACUACCACCACUUCAACAUCAGCCUGUGCGGCGGCCCAGCCCGGGAGCUGGCGCUCUGCGCCGAUAACGUCACUUCGAGCCACCUGCUGCAGUUUGACCUGAGCGGGCAGAGCCAGGUCAUGGCGCAUGUCUGCUUCUCCACGCUCAUGCCCACCAAGCUGAUGGGCGCGCGCGCCAUGCUGUCCACGCACCCCGUCAGCCUCGCCGACAGGAUCAUAGGCGUGAGCAUCCGGCGCGUCCUGGACAACAUCACGGCCGACCCCACGCUCUUUCCGGACACAGUGCAGGACCUGCCAGACGUCGUCUUCUACUUCAGAUCAUCAGAUUAUACCUCGUCAUGCCCGACUGGACGAGCCUCAAGCAUCCAACUCCGGUGCAACCUGCAGAUGCCCGGAAAAGGAGUGGUGUCUUUGCCCAGCAAGUGUCCGGAGGGGACGUGUGAUGGCUGCAGCUUCCACCUCCUGUGGGAGAGUCGGCAGGCCUGCCCGCUCUGCUCCAAGGGCGACUACCGCGAGAUCAUCGGCAGCUGUGUCAACGGCAUCCAGAAGAAGCACUAUGUGCUGAGGGAGACUGCCAUCUGUCGGGACGGCGUGCGCUUCCCCGCAGAGCUGGAGGUCGCGUGCGAGCUCAUCGGCUUUUGGUUAAAGGUCGGCCUGUCCAUCGCCACCUUCACCGCUUGUCUUCUCGUCGCCUUGAUCUGCCACUUCUGGAAGAAAAAUCAAAGGCUGGAGCACAAGUAUUCGCGGCUGGUGAUGAGCACCGGCACCAAGGACGGAGGUCUGCCCGUGGCAGACAGCUGCGGCGUCAUGGAGGACGAGGAGAUGGAGGACGAGGUUCUCAUAUCAAACAACGGCACCCGGUCGCUGCUCGGCAAGCUCAAGGCCAUGGGCAGGAAGGACAAAGACAACGACUUUGAAUCGGUGCAGCUGAAGACUUCCCACAGUCAGGGCCCAAUAUAGCCGGCGGCAGCAUGAACACUCCACACAAAAGAGCCCACAACUGUGGGACCCAGCCUGUCUCUCGUUCCAUAUCGCCCAUCUCUCGUUACAUUCAAACCAAAAGUACCGCAUCUCCCAUCAGUGUGGACUCAACAGGAGCCACCCAGAAUCCAUUCAAAGUAUCCCUUUUGCUCAGUCAAGCACUGCGCAGUGUGUAUCUUACUCGGUGGGCCUGAAUCAGUGUUGGAAAUUCCACAUUGCCUCCAGUGGGCACCGAGUCAAAAGGGCCACCGGUCGGUGAAGUGAUGGCGUCGGCGUCCUCCACAGUGUGAUGACCCAUGCGGCUCUUAGUUGAGUGAGAUUUUGCACCAUAUCUGCGUGGUAGCUUGGCUUUCGCCGUCUCGCGACGCAGAGGAGCGCUGGCGGUUUGCUGUUCUUGUGCGGUCGCUUACAUCAAGGAUAGCGUUCAACUGCAGGUAGCACCCCAUGUGCACUCGCCCAUUCAUAGACGCAACAUUCCGUUUUCUCACCGGAUUGCAAGCUGCUCCGGAGAGUAAGACACACCACCAUAACCUGUGCCCUGUGUCAGUAAAGUUAUAGAAAUAUGGACGCACGCAUGCACAAACGCACGCGUACCAGAUUCAGAACCAAUUUUUAUUUAGACUGGAGGAAUCUAAUGAGCUAUGAGAUUAUAAGGUGCACCCCCAACUUUUGCUGUAAAUUAGAGGGAAAAUGUGUGUCUUUAUAAUCUGGAGAAUACAGUAUGUCCGCCAUUAAAUAUACUGCACUCAGAAUCGAAAAGUCUAGAUUACCGAUGCAGAUGUAACAAUACUAAGUUACAGCCCUUUGAAAAUCCAAUGCUGGAUGGGAUGAAGGUCUAUCAAAAGCCAUGUCAGUCGUGGGGUUGUUUGACCAUACUUCACCACGCUGGCCAGUGCAGGUUGAGGAAGUAAGUGGUUGUGGUGGUGGCAGCCCAGGACCGGUGUCUGAUGUCACUCGCCGUUGACGUUAGCCAUGGCCAGGAGUCGCACUGGGUGGCCAAUUUCGUAGCUGUCCCCUGUGACAAUGCAUCACCUCGUACAGAUGUAGAAGACGUCACAUCUUUAUUUGCUGACUUUGUCUUGACCAUAAAACGUUAUUUUUACAUAUUUCUCUCGACAAAUAUUUGAACUUUUUUUUAUCAGCAGUUAUUUGUAUUUCUGAAUGUGAUUUAUUUAUUGUUGUCAUACAAUCUGUGAAUAUUUAUGUUUUGCACUUGUGUGUGUUAUUUAAAGUUGUUAGAGUUGAACUUUAGUUGUGAAUGUGUAUAAAACGACAAUUUCAUUGUAUGUGGCGUGUCUAAAGCAGUCGUAUCUCAAGACACUUGACAAAAAUUAAGCUUAUAGCAUUUUGGUAGACGUGGAGGAAGGGGCAGGAGGUUAAGACGGGGGACACACGGGGGAGAGAGGAGAGGGCAUCUCUGCGAUACAGCCCCAGGCCCCAGCAAAAACAACAAUGCCAACGAGCCCCAAGGACGACACCCUGAGCAGCCAAGGCAGCACCGAUGAUUCCCAGGGCAUUCCUAGGUGGUCUAGGGCCCUUUUGCAGUCAACACUGAACAUGAUUCAGGCCAUUCACCCGAGAAUUUCAGGCACACUCCCUGUAACGUCGCAGGCUGUUUUAGUAAGGAGUCAAAAUUCAGGGAGACCGCCUGGAUGUUAUUUUUACAGCUUUCGGCAAUGACAUGCGAGCAGUUAUUGAGAAUGAUGGCCGGGUGGCAUUGGUAAAUGCGGGUAAGGGUUCAGUGCAGUCCGUUAUUCUGCGAGUACUGCCCUGUGGGAAGUUAAGUGAUUUUCCUGUGAAUGUACUUGUCCCUGCCGCGUGAAUGUGGAAUUGUCAUCACUAAGGGCAGGGCUAUGAAGAGCAUAUGACCACUACCUCUUGCUCAUUAUAUUUAUCAUGAAGAUGGCUCAAGCAUCUGAAUUUACGUGUUUUCAUCAUCGCCCUGCUUAUGGUUUCAGUAAUGUGCGACUCAAAACUCGUAGUGAAACGAUAGGCAGGAGUCUGUGAUUAAGUUGUGACUGGGCAGUAUCGGGAUGUUUGAGUACCGUACUUCAUGAGCACUGCCUUGUCAUCGUUAAAUAUCCUUAGCCAGGUGAGUGCCCAUUGAAACGCGUUGUCCCUUCAUCGUCACUUGGUACUUUGCUGCAUGAUUUACCAUGUAUGUUGAUUAAAGGUUUCCGUGAAGUAUCAAAAGUUGGCAUUUUAAUGAUUUAUCGCCCAAUUUAUUUGAUGAAUUGAGGCUUUGGGGGAUUGCGUUUUGAUUUAAAAACGAUUCUGCUUUGUGUCAUGCGUGUCGUCUCAUUUGUAUUGUUUCCCAUUAUCCAAAAAAUAACGCCUCGUGGUGACCCAUCCAAGAAAUGCUCAGGCUCAAACCUGCUUAGCUUCCGAGAUGAAAUUUGGUCACAGCCAGCCAAAACUUAGUUUUUCCUCCCCUUAGACCAGGGGUGGGGAACCUUGUUUCUGCCAAGGGCCAUUUGGAUAUUUAUAACAUCAUUCGCGGGCCAUACAAAAUUAUCAACUUAAAAAUUAGCCUGUUAUAUUUGGUCAAACAUUUAAUUAACUCACCCCUAAUGGGAUGGGCUAGAACUGCUUCUCUUUGGCGAGGCGUGUGAUGUUAGCUGGUAUUAAUGAUGUUGCUACUCGCAACUGCUUUUCCAGGUUUGCUCCUAGAUUUGUUGAAUUUCGAGUCCAGCCUGCAGUUGCCUUGGCAGGGCCACCAAAUGAUUUUGCGGGCCUCAUACGGCCCGCGGGCCGGACGUUCCCCACCCCUGCCUGAGACCAACGAUGUAAUAACUUAAUUUAAUCAGUGUUUGUGAUAUACAGUGCAUUGAGUGCCUUGUAGAAAGGUGCUUUGUUAAAUGUUAAGUAUGAUUAUCAUCUCUAUAAAUAUGACUAUAUGUGUAGCAGCCUGGUUUGGCCACAAGGCAGCCAAGCCUUUCAAGCCGUGCGAUCCUGAAUUUUUGCAAAUUGCUAUAACAGAUUUUGUUUUCUGGGUCAGUUUCUAGCGUAAUUCCUUCAGGGCCUGUAAACGGUGAGAUGUCAUUAGAGAGGCAAGGCUAUAACCAUAUUAUAUAGAUUUGGGCUCCACGUAUGACCAAAUCGCCCGGAAUGUACUCGAUCUCGCCUCAUCUCGGAAGCUAAGCAGGCUUGAGAAUGGAUAUAUUGCUUGGGUGAGUGACCACCAUGCACAAACAUUGCCAUAUGGCUUGGUAAUGCAACACAAUACAUUCUUGUACAGCACUGUACUUAUAUGCCCCCAUGUCUAUGCUGCCGACUCACGCUGACAAGCACGGUAAAGUACGGUAAAUUAACCCCUUUUGACCCGGAGGCCAUGGGGAGGGCCCUCAUCCAGCAGUGGAUUGAAAAAAACAGAUGUACAGCAUUUGUUAGUUCACUCAAUCCAAUAGAUGAACAGACAAUGGAAUUACAUACUGUGCAUUAUUUUGUUUAAUCCACUUCUGGAUGCAGGCCUCGUCACGUGUGGGCCAGGGGGUUUAUUUGACCAUACCUAAGGUCAGUGGGGGUUGAUGAAUGCCGAUCAGCAUGGACGUGGAAGCAUAGUAUCGUACGAUUGAUGAUGUUGCACUGCCAUCUGCUGCCGACAAUGUAAACCCGCAAUUGCUGAUAAUUUAACCCAUUUUUUUUUGCACGGUCAGCAGCCAAGGCAAGUACUUUGCAGACU